UGAUGGUCACCUAUUGGCCAUUAAGUGCCGAUAUGACCAUUAGUGAAGUACGCGCGGUUAACUGAAUUUGUGAUUGGAUAUGGUCAUGAUCGCGCGGCGACGUUGGGACUUACUUGUCGAUUUGUGGAUGAUCCUGCAUACUAAGCGCGCGUAGGUGGACUCCUUGAAGCGUUACGCACACCAACUUUCUGGUAGACUUCUACGAUUGUCCGCUGCAGGUCGCCGUAUAAAAACGUGGGGCUUACAGAAGUUUGGUUAUCAGUUGUCGUUUGAGAACCGUUGAGAACAGUGCAGUGAAGAUCUUCAGAAUGAGAGCAUUUGUGUUCUGUAUGUUGGUAGCGGCUGCCGCUGCGGAAGCCCCGUUUGCUGGAUAUGCUCCAUCCGGAUGGCGUCCCCAGGGAGCCCAGUUCAGGCUUCCAAACGAGUACGUAGCUCCGCUGGUCCAGCAGCCACGUGUUCAGGUCGAGGUAUCCAAGCAGCGCGUUGCCCACACCGCCCAGAUUGCGCAGCUUGUCGAGACGACCACCGAGCUGGCCAACGAGUACCUGCCACCAACGACUACUGAUCUGCCAGAACAGCUAGACCCCAUUCGCGUGCAGGGACUUCCAGACAGCCAGGUCAAGGACUUCCAGCGUGCCAACCCGCAAGUUCCGGGUCGUCGCGUAAACCAACCCGCUGCCCCCACCCAACAGCCUCUGUUCCCACUGAGCGGUCAACUCCGCGCCCUGCCCGGCUUCCCACAGUUCGGUCGUCAGGUCCAGCAACCCGUGCAGCCUCAGCAGCCCCAGCAACUCCCUGCCCAGACCUACGGAACCCCCGACCAGGACUCCGAAGAGCAACCAGAAGAAGUCCAGCCAACCACCACCGUUCAACCCGAAUCCGACGACGACGACGAUCAGGAUCAGGAUGACCAGGACGAGCAAACCGAUGACGCCGGUCGCACCGUAGUGGCCGUUGCCAACGCUUUCUCCGGCCAGUACUACAUCCUCGGAGCGGACAACACCCUGCAGCGUGUGACCUAUGCGACCUCCCAGGACGACGAGGAUCUGCGCAACAUGGGCUUCACGGCGCAGCUGCGUUACGCACCCGUUGAACCCAUCACCGGGCCCGUCUACGCGUACAACGAGCAAGGACAGCUGGUCAGGAUCUACAAGUGAGGCGGAUUCGGAUCACGUGCCGACUUGUUUAACUUUUGCUUGUUUGUAAUUUAUUCUUUGGAUGUUUCGGCCGUUUUGAGCAAUAAAUUUUCUUGUUUCGAACCAUUGCAA